UGGACACCGUUAUGAAUUUGCAAGCCACUCAGCUUGCUGCCUGGAAGAAAGAAAGAGAGAGAGAGAGAGACAAGAUUGAAAACAGACCCCGCUGGCCGCUGCAUCGCAAGAGUUGCCAAACUCCUUUAAUUCUCCCUGCGUCUCGUGUUUUCAGCGCAGGAGAAACAGACGACUGUUGCUGAGGAGCUCUGGCUGGGCUUGUGUUUUGAUGUGUGCGUCUCUCCUCAGCUCUACCAAACCUCUGGAAGACAGACGUCCCGUUCAGAGAGGCACGCUUGAGUUCUUCAAACGUUUAAAAGCGUCCUGCCCUGGAAACCAGUAUGAAGAGUUUCACCAUCUGCCUGUUCCAGCUGACUGCAGGAUUACUUCUGCUCGGUCUGGUCAGUUCAGGUCUGGAGCUCAAUCCCAGCCUUCCAGAGGUCAUUUUGGCCACAAACUCCUCGUUCACCAUCACCUGCUCCGGCUGGGCCAGCGUCACCUGGCGCUUCAAACGAGAGGAGAACGUUCCACAGUUCCACAUUAUAAACCAAAGUCCAACCUCGAGUGUUCUGAGCCUUGAGAACGUCACAUGGCAUCACACGGGUGUCUAUGUGUGUUCUGAGAACGGCACCAGUGAGACCAGAGAGGUGAUCGUCUUUGUGCCUGAUCCUGAGGUUUGGUUUCUUAAAAAUGAUCAUGAUAUGGUGACUAAGACUCAUGAAGAGGGCACAAUACCAUGCCUGGUGACGGAUCCACGGAUAAAUGUCACACUGCUUGAAAAGGACACAGUGGUGGAGGGUUCGUACAACCCCAGCGUGGGCUACACUGCCGUCCUGGAGGACAGAACCUAUAAAUGCAGGGGAGAGCUGAACGGCACGAAGAAAGAAUCCAAAUCCUUCUACGUCUACAGCAUCCUGGUCCCCGAGGUUCUGGACCCCUACAUCAACGCCUCCAAAACUGUGCUGAAACAGGGCGAGACGCUGCACGUCAACUGCACGGUUAACGGUGUGGAGCUGGUCUUCUUCUCCUGGGACUUUCCCAACAAAGACAAGGGAAAAAUUGAGCCAUUGACUGAUGUUCUGUCCUCUUUGAGCAUGCGCUCCUGUCUCAACAUCACAGAUGUGACUCUGGCCAGCUCUGGAGAGUAUUUUUGUCACGUACACGAGAGUGUGAUGGACCAGAAGGCUUCAGCCAGUAUCACCAUCACUGUACUGGAGAAAGGUUUUGUUGCCCUCACGUCUCAUCUGGACAGGAACGUCUCUGCAAAGCACGGUGAAAAUGUUGAGCUCAAAGUGGAAAUAGAGGCAUAUCCCAAACCCACUGUUAACUGGACUAAAGAUGGAGUCCUUAUUCGUGGACACAACAUGAGACAGGAACAUGAGACCAGGUAUGUCAGCACGUUGACCCUGGUGAGGAUCCGACUGGAGCAGAUGGGUCUCUACACUGUCAGUGUCCAGAAUGAAGAUGCCGUUAAAAAGAUGACCUUUGACCUCGAGGUGAAAGUUCCUCCUCAAAUAACUGAACUGUCUGAUCAUCACCUGCCGGGGAAGAGACAUGCGGUCACCUGUGUAGCCGAGGGUGUGCCAUCACCCACCAUCCAGUGGUUCAGUUGUGACAGCAUGCCCAAAUGCAGUAACAAAAGUGCUGUAUGGAGCCCUCUAGUGGAGGAUCCAGAGACCGUCUCAAUCCAGACUAACAUCACCUACAACAGCACACGUAAGAUCCACCAGGCUCACAGUCAGUUGUCACUCCUGCGGCCACAGCUGCUCACCAUCCGCUGUGAAGCCAGGAACGAGAGAGGAACCCGGGCCAGAGACAUCAGACUGGUCAACAGCACAUUGUUCUCACAGGUGGCUGUCCUGGCUGCUGUUCUGGCACUGGUGGUCAUUGUCAUCAUCUCUAUCAUCAUCCUCAUCGCUGUGUGGAGGAAGAAACCACGUUAUGAAAUCAGGUGGAAGGUGAUCGAGUCGGUCAGUUUGGACGGACAUGAGUACAUCUAUGUAGACCCAAUUCACUUGCCAUAUGACCUGGCAUGGGAGAUGCCACGAGACAGUCUGGUGCUGGGUCGUACGUUGGGAUCUGGAGCGUUCGGGCGUGUUGUUGAGGCGACGGCAUACGGUCUCGGUCUCUCUCAGUCCGCCACUAAAGUGGCAGUAAAGAUGCUCAAAUCAACCGCAAGGAGAAGUGAGACACAAGCUCUGAUGUCUGAGCUGAAGAUCAUGAGCCAUCUUGGUCCUCACCUGAACAUUGUGAACUUGCUGGGCGCCUGCACCAAACAAGGUCCACUGUACCUGGUAACCGAAUACUGUCGCUAUGGUGAUCUGGUGGAUUACCUGCACAGGAACAAGCACAGCUUCCUUCAGUACUACACUGACAAGAACCACAUCGCCAACGGCAACAGCACUCAGAUCUGUCAUGAUGCUGAUGUACCAACAGGAAAAGAAUAUGUAUCGUUUGGCAGCGAGUGUGAUGGAGGUUAUAUGGACAUGACCAAAGAUUUACAGACAGAAUAUGUUGCCAUGCAAGAGCUCACGGACACUAUCAAGUAUGCUGACAUUCAGCCGUCACCCUACGAGUCCCCUUACCAGCAGGACAUCUACCAGGAGCAAGGUCACAGAGUAGACCAGUCUCUGGCCAUCAGUGAUUCUCCAGUUCUGAGUUACAUUGAUCUUGUGGGUUUCAGUUAUCAGGUGGCGAAAGGCAUGGAGUUUCUCGCAGCAAAGAAUUGUGUCCAUCGGGAUCUGGCAGCCAGAAACGUCUUGAUCUGUGAGGGCAAAUUGGCCAAGAUCUGUGACUUUGGCCUGGCUAGAGACAUCAUGCACGAUAACAACUACAUCUCCAAAGGCAGCACUUUUCUCCCAUUGAAGUGGAUGGCACCAGAGAGCAUCUUUCAUAACCUGUACACUUCACUGAGUGACGUCUGGUCUUACGGCAUCUUACUGUGGGAGAUUUUCACUCUGGGUGGAACCCCGUAUCCAGACCUGCCGAUGAAUGAGUUAUUUUACAGCGCUCUGAAGCAAGGUUACCGUAUGGCCAAACCUUCAUACGCCUCAGAUGAAAUUUAUGAGAUCAUGAAGAAAUGUUGGGAUGAGAAGUUUGAGACACGACCAGAGUUCUCCUUUCUAGUGCACUCAAUGGGGAACCUUCUGUCGGAUGGAUAUAAAAAGAGAUACACUCAAGUCAACAACAACUUCCUGACAAGCGAUCACCCUGCCGUGGUUCGCGUGAAGUCCCCGAUUCCCACCGCACCGUUUCCAGAGACCCUCUCUGAGUUUUCUCCAAGACCUCAGCCCAUCCCAACUCCUCGUCCUCAGACCGAUGGAGGGGUCGCGGAGGCUCUUCACAACGAGUACAUCAUUCCCAUUCCGGACCCAAAGCCAGAGGAUGAAUCUGAGGAUGUGAUGGUGCUGGUGGAAAGCACCCUGAGUUUCAUGAGCUCUGAUGAGGAGACGGUCUCCAUGGAAACCCCAAGUACCGAACCCGAUCAGGAGCAACUGCUGCAGGAGGCGCGUUCAGAAACCUCAGAUGUGGAAGAGAGUUUCCUUUGACUUUUAAACUUCUUGUCAUAAUGAAGUAAAAUCUUGCAUUUUUAGCAAAUUAUUGGAAACGUUGUACACGCUGACUUUAGCAUUAAAAUGUAUAGAACUACAGCAGAAAUUUAAGACUUUUUGAAAAUUUUGAUCACAUUUUUUUAAUCAUUUUUAAUAACUUGGUACAACUCUCAGUAUUAUAGACUAAAGCAAACCUACAAGCAGUACAUUUUUUAGUUAUAUAUGUUUUUAUGUGCUUUGCAAUCUGUAAAUCUGCACAGAUAUCUUGAAGGAAUUAAGAAUUAAGGAUUAUUAAUUUGUGUUUUUCUGUGUUAUAUUGCAUUUUCUGAAAUUUUGUAUCAUUUUGAAUAUUACUUCAUGCAGACAACUUUAGAUUUAAUGAUUUUAUAUCUUUGAAUUUUCACAUCUUUCACAUCUUUUUUUUAAGAUUCUCGUAGCAAAAUUGCACUUUAACGUUUAUGGGUAAUUGAAGAAAAUAUAUGAAACACAAGCUAAAGUAAUUAUAUGUGAUUUUAAUUUGGUUUCACCUAUUUAACUUAACACCUAUUUUAAAGGGAACAGUCACAGAACAUUAAUGGACUGAUUUUGUAUGAGAUUGAUGUUAUCUUCUCGGUUCCUGUGCCAAGCUGUACAAUAUGUUCCUCAAGUAUAACAUCUAAAUGAUGAUGAAUUCAUUACAGGUACAUAACGAUACAUAAUUUAGUGUUUUUCAUCUAAACCGCCUUAUUUUAAACUUUUAAACUCCAUUGUUUUAUUGAAAUUGAUCAGAUUUUUUAUUGUCACUUUACAUGUACAAAUUCUGGUGGAGCAACCUCCAAAUGCCUUCAUUAUAGACACAAAUGCCCAUAUACAAAUCUGUACAUACAUUUUAUACACGAGGCACUAUACUUUACUGUACAAUAUACACAAUACACAACAUACCAUAUAACUCGGCACACAAUACAAUAGAACACAAGGGAACAAAUGAACAUUAUAGCCUGGCUUAGUUAAAGGCCUUAAUUAAAAAAAAGACGUUACUGGUAUGUAUCUUGAGACCAAUUAAUGGCACUGGUAGAUUUUAAGAUCUGUCAGUAAAAGUUAUUUUCAAUUGAGGCAUCUCAAACAUGUGUUUAAUGCUGCGUUCACACCAGCCGCGGGAGAGGCAUCAAGCGUGAGUGAUUUCAAUGUUAAGUCAAUGUAAAGACGCGUUGAUGCGCGUCUGGAGGUCUCGCGGCGCGAAUAAGGCGUUUAUCGAAUUGCACGAAUUGAGCAUUGUCGCGGGAAACGCGUGAGUUGAAAAUUUUUUAACUUUGGCGGAAAACGCGCCGUGUUAACCAAUCAGGAACUUGCUCUAGUAGUGACGUAAUUACAGGAAGCGAGCGGAGUCGCAGAAGCCCCUCCCAUAACGCGAAAUUCCGCGUGAAUGUCUCGAUGAUUAAAAUUUCAUGUGCGACUUUCACGCGAGAAUGAAGCGAGUACACUCAAAAUGUUCAAGCGUCCAAGUACGCACGGUAGACGAAAAUUUGACGCGUUUGGUGUGAACCCAUCAUUAGUCUAGGGGUAGCCUUAAAGGGACACUCCACUUUUUUGAAUAAAGGCUUAUUUUCAAGCCCCCUAUAGUUAAACAAUUGCGUUUUACCGUUUUGGAAUCCAUUCAGCUGGCGGUACCCCUUUUAGCAUAGCUUAGCAUAAUCCAUUGAAUCUUAUUAGACCAUUAGCAUGGUGCAGUGAUAUUAUGCAGUGCCCGAAAAAAGUCCCCAGCUAUUAAAAGUUACCAAGGGGACUAUUUUCGAGCACUUGAGUAAUAUCAUUGUGCCUGCCGCACCGAUGGUGCGGCAGCAAAAUGAGAGUAUAGUUCCUAGCCAUAUCAGCCUAGAAAUUCGCAACUUUUAAUUUUCCUUCAGGCUUAGUACACGAUGUAACUACAGAAGAGUCAAGUUUUAAAUAGGAAAAAUAUUGAAACUCUUUGGUCCUUUUUGAGCGUGAUGCUAAUGGUCUAAUCAGAUUCAAUGGAUUAUGCUAAGCUAUGCUAAAAGUGGUAUCGCCAGAUCAGGAGAUCAGCUAAAUGGAUUCAAAAACGGUAAUAAUCAAAUGUUUAACUCUAGGGGAGCUGGAAAAUUAGCAUAUUUUCAUAAAAAGUCGAGGUUCCCUGUAAGCCUUGUGUGUUAAACAAGGGGUUCGCUUCUUUUUGGUAUUAAACAGUACAGUAGAAGCCCACUCUUUUUUGAUGUUUUUUUUUUAUCGUAUCAUAUCAAACAUACAUCAUCCUCCUUCUGAAUCCGUCAGUUAUAAAUCCUUAAGCACAAAGUUACAGUAGUAACAUAAAGUCGUAUUUUCUUGCAAAACAAGGGCUUAAUAUUCCUGACUUUAACACUAGACAUUUCUAUGUAUGCACAAGACUUUAAUAAAUUGCACAAUUCACUACAAGUAUAAUAAUGAAGUUACACACUCUAAGGUACCAAAGCUUUAUGUAUGUUUACAAGUAUAUUUUUGUAUAGAUCUUUUGUACAUUGUUGUUUUACACAUUUUAUGUUCUGUAUAAUAAACUAAGAACUGUAAUAAAUA